AUGCCUCGUAUACACAGAAAUGUCUACUUCGCACUCGGCGCUAUCGUGAUACUCGUCAUCCUGUACUCAGGUCCCUCAUCCUUACCGAGUACAUCGAGCUUCAACAGCGACGUACCGGCUUUCUGGAGGGGCACAGAGAAAUCCGACAAGCAGCAACCUCCACCACUACCACCCUCACCUCCGGCGCCUGUCGCAGACCCUCCUGCUGCCAUUCCCGAUCCAGACCCACUAACAGACGCCGGAGCACUGAAAGAUGCAGAGCCCGCGAAACCUGUCGAUAGCGCGCCAGCACCCACCGAGACGGCAAAGGACGAAGAUGACCAUCUGAGGGAAUGGUUCUUCCAGAUCGACCUCAAAUUUGCGAACCCUGCUUUCGAUACUUCUAAGCUCAAACACUACCCCCCGCACAACUACAAAGGUCCCGGCCAAGAUGUCUUUGCGACCUAUUUAUCAACACGCAAUUGCACGCUACAUGACCCCUACUUUCAGGCUGCACAACAGCUGGCCUACCGAGUUCUGUGGGACCCGAGGUCGAAAUCCACCAAACAUCCUCUGGUGGUUUUCGUAGCACCCUUCAUACCGGAUGAGAACCGCCAACUCCUCACUGCUGCAGGUGCGCUCGUGCGAGAGCUGGAUCUGGUGGAGGGUCAUCCGACACCGGCGGGUUUCAACCGAUGGAAAGACCUCUUCUCGAAAUUGAACAUGUGGAACCAGACCGAUUUCGAGCGCAUUGCGUUCCUCGACCUUGACGCUUUCCCUUUCCAGAACAUCGACGGCAUCUUUGACAUCUCACAGAAACAGCGUUGCAGGAGAGAGCUCCUGCCUGCGGAAGACAAGAAGCACGAGAACGAGAUUUGCGAUUACACCUUCUCGGCGACGAGUGUGGGAACGAGUCCGGAGGUCAAUGUGGGCGUGGUCGUGUUCAACCCAAACCAAGCGAUGCAUGAGCAUUUGAUGCGCGAAAGUACGGAUCUGACCAAAUUUGACACAAGCAUGGCGGAACAGGCGUUCCUGAACUACGCCUAUCGCAAGGACGGCCCAUUCCCACUAUCGCUGGUCGAUCGAGAGUGGAACGGCUUCUUUCCCAACAAGGGCGACUUCCCAGACGGGCCUCCCGGCAAAUUAAAGAUCGUCCACGAGAAACUAUGGUCCAUCCCAGACGAUCCAAAUGACCCUCUAUACUUCGCCAAAGACCUCUUCUCGGAAACAUGGGCGGACAUGUUGAAGCUGUACGAAAGCAAGGAGUUCGAAAAGAUGCGAGAAUUGGAUGGAGCGCGAUCGUACUGA